GUGGGGAGCGGCGCUGCAGCCUAGAGCGGGAGCGCUCGGCCUCGGGACGUGCAACAAGGACCCGCCCCGACAGCCCCGGGAGGAGGGAGGAGCGAGCGACGCUGUGACCGCGCUCCUGUCCCGCCUCCUCCAGCCCCUGCCUAUUCGGGGUUCGGGGUACGCGCUCCAUCUGCGCGGUCCCCGGCAGAGAGGGCCCCUCUGUCCACUUGGUCCCCCGACGCGGCGGAGACUGGCCGGCUGGGGACAGAAAAUGCUCCACUCGCCGGGGAGGGCCGUUGUGACAAGUAAGUGGCACAACGCAAAAAAAGCGUGUAGCGCCGAGAAAGUCCCUAACAAGUAUCACCAGCGGGGGCUGUGGGCCUUCUCUCCACCUUCUCCAGAUCCCCAGGGCGUGGGCCCGUGUAGGAUUCGGGGGUCCCCAAACGACGACACCGACGCUCUGGCGGACGGUUCCCAGGAAUUUGCCUGGGGCAGUCGGCGGGGUGGCCGGGCCAGCGCCAGGCGGCGGUUUCGGGAUGACUUGGUGCAGGACAGUUUGAGUGUGUUCCAUAGUUCUGGAAGGUCUGAGUUUCCUUGGCUUCUCAAGAUCUCAGGGUUACUCUUAGGACUUGGCACUGUUGUAUUUCUACUCAGAAGUGUGGAGUUCAGUAGCCCCACGCCAGAGCUCCCUCAUUCUGCUCUGGCCGACCAGAUCCCGAAGCUUCUACCUGAGGAACGACUCAAGAACCUCUUUACCUACGAAGGAAUCUGGCUCUUCCCGAAAAACCAGUGCAAAUGCGAUGCUACCUCACAGCCAGGAAGCUACAACUUUCAGGAUGCCUAUGACCAGACUGAGCUCCCAGCGGUGAAAGCAAGGAGACAGGCUGAAUUUGAACACUUCCAGAGGAGAGAAGGGUUGCCCCAUCCACCGCCACUGCUGGCUCAGCCCAACCUCCCCUUUGGAUACCCAGUCCAUGGGGUAGAGGUGAUUCCCCUGCAUACAGUUCCCAUUCCAGGUCUCCAGUUUGAAGGACCAGAGGCCCCCAUCUAUGAGGUCACCCUGACCGCUUCUCUGGGGACACUGAACACCCUCGCUGACAUCCCAGACAGUGUGGUGCAGGGCAGAGGCCAGAAGCGGCUGACCAUUUCGACCAGUGACCGGAAGCUUUUGAAUUUCAUCCUCCAGCACGUGACUUAUACCAGCACGGUGUACCAGCACCGCAGGGUGGACGUGGUGAGUCUGGAGUCCGAGUCCUCGGUGGUCAAGUUUCCAGUGACCAUCCGCUAUCCUGUCAUCCCCAAGUUAUACGACCCCGGACCAGAGAGGAAGCUCAGAGACCUGGUGACCGUUGCCACCAAAACCUUCCUCCGUCCCCACAAGCUCAUGACCAUGCUCCGGAGCCUUCGUGAGUACUACCCAGACUUGACAGUGAUCGUGGCCGAUGACAGCAAGGAGCCCCUGAAGAUUAAUGACAACCAUGUGGAGUAUUACCCCAUGCCCUUCGGGAAGGGCUGGUUUGCUGGUAGGAACCUGGCCAUCUCUCAGGUCACCACCAAAUACGUUCUCUGGGUGGACGACGAUUUCCUCUUCAACAACGACACCAAGAUUGAGGUGCUGGUGGAUGUCCUCGAGAAAACAGAAUUGGACGUGGUAGGUGGCAGUGUACUUGGAAAUGUGUUCCAGUUUAAGCUGUUGCUGGAGAAGAGUCAGAAUGGGGACUGUCUUCACCGGAGGCCAGGCUCUUUCAGACCCCUGGAUGGUUUCCCCCGCUGUGUGGUGACCAGUGGCGUUGUCAACUUCUUCCUGGCCCACACGGAGCGACUCCAGAGAGUUGGCUUCGACCCCCGCCUACAGCGGGUGGCUCACUCAGAGUUCUUUAUCGACGGGCUCGGGAGCUUGCUCGUGGGGUCAUGUCCGGAAGUGAUCAUAGGUCACCAGGCCCGGUCUCCGGUGACCGACCCAGAGCUGGCCGCACUAGAGAAGACCUACAGCGCAUUUUGGACCAACACCAAGGAACAGGUCCAGUUCAAGCUGGCACUCCACUACUUCAAGAACCAUCUCCUGUGCUCUUCAUGAAGGCGCCUGGGCAUCAGAAAAGCUCUAGGCUUACUGGGGUUGGGUACCUAAGACAGUGGAACUGGGGGUGGGCCACCUGAUGAGAUGAAGUUAGGACAAGCUAGUGGGUGGAGCAGGGGGUGGGGCUCAGUCACUACAAAUACCCACCAGAGGCUCAUUAGAAAUGGACUAGUCCCGGGGCCCCUGGGUGGCUCAGUGGGUUAAAGCCUCUGCCUUCGGCUCAGGUCAUGAUCCCAGGAUCCUGGGAUCGAGCCCCACGUCGGGCUCUCUGCUCCGCAGGGAGCCUGCUUCCUCCCCUCUCUCUCUCUGCCUGCCUCUCUGCCUACUUGUGAUUUCUCUCUCUGUGUCAAAUAAAUAAAAUCUUUAAAAAAGAAAUUAAAAAAAAAAUAAAAGAAAUGGACGAGUCCCCGAGAAGGGCGACAGAAGCCCAUCAAUAACAAUCGUUAUUUGUAUGAUGCAGUACCGUUUAUGGAACACCUACCUGCACAUCCCCUGUUGGAUCUCCUGCAAAAGAGUAGAGUAUGGGUUGGCUUCCGUAGUCAUUCCUUAGGAAUGGCUUUGGGGUUUUUGAGGGUUAUUUGGGAGAAAUGAUAUUGUAGUCAGAAAUAUCCUCUCUGGGGCACCUGGGUGGCUCAGUGGGUUAAAACCUCUGCCUUUGGCUCAGGUCAUGAUCCCAGGGUCCUGGGAUCAAGCCCCAUAUUGGGCUCCCUGCUCAGCUAGAAGCCUGCUUCUCCCUCUCCCACUCCCCCUGCUUGUGUUUCCUCUCUCGCUGUGUCUCUCUGUGUCAAAUAAAUAAAUAAAAUCUUUAAAAAAAAUUUUUUGAA